CAACCUCGAAAAUGGCAGCUUUCGAGUCCCAAGGUGUUCGCAUUGCUGUUGAGGGCUGUGGCCAUGCCAAGCUCAACGCGAUCUAUGCUUCCGUCGAGCAGUCUGCCCAGGAACGCGGCUGGGAUGGCGUUGACGUGCUUAUCAUCGGAGGAGAUUUCCAGGCUGUGCGCAAUGCAGCCGACUUGACUGUCAUGUCCUGCCCCGUCAAGUAUCGCAAACUCGGCGACUUUCAAGACUACUACGCUGGCAGAAAGAAGGCUCCCUACCUGACCAUUUUCAUUGGCGGGAAUCAUGAAGCUGCCUCGCAUGCUUGGGAACUCUACUAUGGCGGCUGGGUGGCUCCCAAUAUUUACUAUCUUGGGGCUGCCAACGUUAUCCGACUCGGGCCAAUUCGCAUUGCUGGCAUGUCUGGAAUCUGGAGAGGCGUCAACUACCGCAAGCCACAUCAUGAACGGCUUCCUUUUAAUGGCGGCGAUGUCAAAUCAUUCUAUUCCGUUAGAGAGAUUGAUGUCCGGAAGUUGCUGCUACUACAGACGCAGGUUGACGUCGGCCUGAGCCACGACUGGCCACGGCAAGUCGAGACUCAUGGAGAUCUUGACGCACUGUUCAGAAUCAAGCCAUUUCUUCGGCGCGAAUCUAUGGAUGGGUCUCUGGGCAGUGUGGCUGCUGAAUAUGUCAUGGACCGUCUACGACCACCAUAUUGGUUCUCUGCACAUCUACACGUGAAGUUCGCUGCUCUCAAGAAGUACGAUGCACCAGGUACGAAAGAGGUUGUUCAAGCGGAUAAACCCCUUGAAGCGGCACCUCCCGUCCAAGAUAAUCCUGACGAGAUUGACUUGGACAUGGACGACGAAGAUGGAGACAAGCCUGAUGAUACCACCAAAGAUGUGACUACAGAAGUUCCAGAGGCUGCAGCUGGAGAGGAAGCUAAGGCAACUACCAGUGAUGUUCCCGAAGAUUUGAGAGCUCAGUUGCCAGCAUCAUUUGCCAGUCCCACAGCAAGGCCGAGGCGCACACCUGGCCAACCAGUCCCCCCCGGCAUCGAAAAUCGAGAAGUCCGCUUUCUAUCAUUGGACAAGUGCCUGCCCGGACGACAUUUCCUUCAGCUAUGCGAGGUUCAACCAUUCAAAAAGGAGCAGCUAUCGCUAUAUCCACCGCAAACCUCGGGCCCUCGAUAUCGACUUCAAUACGAUGCUGAGUGGCUAGCCAUUACACGUGCCUUUCACAAGUUCAAUAUCUUUGGCGAUUUCAAAGCCCAGGUGCCUGAAGAUUUAGGCGAGGAGAACUAUCUCCCCCUGAUUGAGGCAGAGAGGGCAUGGGUUGAAGAGAACAUUGUACAAAAGGGGAAGAUGGAUGUGCCGGAGAACUUUGAGCUAACUGCGCCUCCAUAUGUUCUCGGCACACCUGAGAUUGUUGAUGAGCAGCCUGAGGAGUACACCAACCCGCAGACUACAGCAUUCUGUGAACUUCUGGGUAUCGAUAACCUGUGGGAUGCUAGUGCCCAGGAGAGGAAGCAGAGGAGAGCUAAGGGGCCUCAAGAAUAUCACGUGGGCCAGGGUAGUGGAGGCGGAAGAGGGAGAGGGGGGCAUGAUUUCGGACGGGGAAGGGGAAGGGGCAGAGGAGGCGGACGAGGAGGCGGACGAGGAGGCGGAAGAGGAGGCGGCAGAGGAGGCGGCAGAGGAGGAUUCCAGAGGGGCUAGAUGGAGAAGUCGUGAUGGAGAAAUUGUGAGCUGAAAAGUGCCAAUAUUGCUGCCUCGAGCUGGAUGGGGCCAAUUAGCCCGGUAUACAGAGUACCGAAUAUACGAGCAUGGGGCAAAUUAG